CAAGCGAAACAAACAUGCUCUCCGUAUCGCACUGAGCCAUCAAAUCCCGCUCGGCGUGGUGUGUUUUUUUCUUGCUCGCGUUUGGGGCUAAUCUGACCGGCGCGACGGAUUCCUUGACAGCCUGCAUUCAACGCAUGGAGAUAAACAAGGCGAAAAUUCUCGAAGAGAAACUUCGGGAAGCGGCGUGCUACGGCGAUGAAGACAGCGUGAUCGCGCUCAUCGAGCGCAAUGUACGCGUCAACUCUCAGCACGACAUUAACGGAUGGACGCCACUGCACUGGGCUUGUAAGAGGGGUCACAUCGCUACCGUGCGGUACCUGCUGAGCCAAGGUGCUGACCCCACCAUAACGACAUUCAAGGGAGAGACACCAGCCGCACUCACAGACAAUGAGGACAUCAGGGCUUUGCUUGGAGAGGCUGGACAGGGUGAUGCACCCAGCUCCACGCCAUCGCUGCCGAUCACCCCUCACUUUCUAAGUCACCCCAGCAUGGAAUACAAGGUGGACCUGUCGGAACUCUCGCGGAGCACCAGAAACGUCGAUGCAGACCUUCCGGGAAAGCACAGCCUGCCCCACGACAACGGCCAGUCAGAUUACUCCAGCGGCCAUCAAGAAGAGACAGACCUGGUGCUCAAAGUGAGGAUUGCGUACCUUGAUGACCCGGACUUCAUCGAGGUGGAGCUGCCAAGAACAGAGCUGACAUUUGCCAACCUCCUGCGUACCUGCUGCGAUGAGCUGGGUGCUGAUUUGAAACGGGUACGCAAGCUUCGCAAGCUGCCCAACACCAUUCUUCGCAAGGACAAGGAAGUGCAGAGGCUCUCUGACUACCAAGAGCUGGAGCUGGUGUUGGACAACAUCCAACCAAAGCCGCAGCCGAGCACGAAUCCAGCUCUGCCCACCGUUUCGGGAGGGAAUGUGAGCACCGCCCUGAACCCCGUUGUUCACCUCGCCGGCCUGCUGUCGGGCGCCAACUACAACUCGCCGCCGGGAUACCUGCCCAACGGCAGCGGAGGACCGACACCGGCUCAGACGGCGUUCGCCAAGUCAGCUUACUGCGUGAACGGAACCAUCCUCUACUGAACGAACGGGUCCACGUAGUAUAAGGUUCGACGUCGGCUUGCUUUAGGAGCGGUAUUCCCUGUCGAUCACUUUCAAGGGUGUCGCUAUCGGCAGAGGCUCAUUGACUGAGCCAGCAAGCAGAACACCCAUCAUUCUAGUAACAUAUUCUGUUUGAUGCUGUGUCAUGCAAAACUGAAAGUUCACCCAAAAGUGACCGACCGAGAACAUGGCACCUGAGCUAAAGCAUUCCUUAUGCAAGUGCAUCUCACGGUUAACUGAUGUGUGAGCAUGUCUUAAAGGGGUACUGACACAAACUUUUCAGUGAUCGUUUUUUUGCAUCAAAUGAAAGGCCAAGCCCGCAAGGGCCUGAGAAAAUGCACUGAUAAGCAUGAGUGGGUCCUGAAAAGUUACACAUUUUUAAAAGCUAAUUUUGGCUUCUACGGUACUCUGACGUGACGACAUGGCAUGAGCUUCUCAUCACAUGCUCACGCAAAUAUCAGGACGUUUCCACAUGCACGCCCGCUCCGUGGCUGUGUUGGUCACGCACAAACGACUAUUUUGGAUGCUUUGGUACCUGACGUCGUCACAGCUAGCCAAGCUGGUGCAUGAAGUUACCAGAAUUGACACUGUAGCCUGACGGCACGCUAGUGUCGAUGCCAGUAGGUGCACCAUGCGAAAAUUGACUUUAACGUCCAAGGAAAAUGUCUUAUCAGCAUUUUCUGAGCUUUUCUUAGCUAUCAGCAUUUUCUGAGCGCACUUGCGCAGAGCCGUCUGUGAACGCUGGAGAUUUGUAUGGCGGAGUAAACUCGCCUUCUAAAAUUGGUGUCAGUACCCCUUUAAUGAUGGAUCGGCCAACGCUUGGAUGCACGUUUACGGGAUGUUGCCGAGAGAUGGCAGUGGCAUCGUCUAGUCACCACUGACCAGCAUCUGUGUGCUGGCUAAUUAUGGUGCCUAACUUAUCUCGGGUCGAUAACACAUGCUAGUCAUGACUGGUGUACAUUCACACGCUGUUUUAUAAGUGAUGGGAAAGGGUGCAAGUCAGUUGCAGUCAGAUGACAUUCGUGCAGUGGCCUGUUACAACUGGUCUGGACUCGUGCACCAACUAAUUUGGAAAAGCGAUGCAAUAGCAGUAACUGUGAGCGCUGUAGCUUGCCACUAAAUGUGCUCCAGCUAGCCCCGACAAUUGACAGCCUGACGGCCAAGGCAUUGGCCAACCACAGUUUCUGUGCAACACUUCCAUGGCUGUGCUAUGCAAUGGUUUGUGAAUGUUCAAAAAUUUCGGAUAGUGUCCAUCUAGUUCAGUCUUCGAAUCGAAUUGCGAUUAUUUACGAAUUACAAACAUUUCAAAAUGUCUGCUGCACCUAAAUGAACACAAGAUUGGUGCAAAAGUAUGACAAAUUUCACACACGUGGCAUAAAACAUCCGAGCUUACAUAGUGUGGCAUGCUACAUCACUCGAGGAGCCAGACUUUAACGUCUGCACGACAAUUGUGUGCACUCGCCGAGGAAUUGUGUACAUUCGAGUAAUCUGUUUAUCCGUUCACGAUGCUCCAUUUCUGGUCUUAAUGUUAAAUUAUUAAUAUUGUGAUGCGAAUAUCAUAUAUAUUAAUUUUAAGAACGACUUGCUUGGAAAUAUAAGGUUGCGCAAAUGAAAAGACGCAUUCACAAGAGAGGGUACGUGGACAGGUGCAAAAUGGCUGUUCAGUAUUAGGAGAAUAUUUGAUUCAAUUCGCCUUCGGUACUGUUCCAUUUGUAUUAAAUUCUGUUCCAAAAGUUGCUGCUUGCACACACCUACUGUCAUGACUGACAGCCUAGGCACCACUUCAGUGUGAACAGCCACAAAGUCUUAUCAAAUGGAUAAUGCAUGCCACGGUGGCUUCAGCCUCUUGGCUUUCAGCAUAGAUUGCAUAGGUGUGUACAAACGUCACCCAAGCAAUGGUAAAACGAAAUGUCAGAGGGAUCCUGCAACGCCUUGCUGCGUUAUCAUAGAAUGACGUCACUAUUUGACUCUGUUAUCUUAUGAAUCUCCUGCCGCAAAAGUUUUUCUAAUCCGUCAAGUACGAGCGGAGCUAUCACGUGUUAUCACGGGAUAUGCACACUUUCUCUCACCUUACGUCACCACAGACGUGCUGGAAGAUACACAGGGGGAGAUGGCAAGAACGUCAUGUGCGGCCCGAGAGCUUUAUUUCUCUAUGUGUCAUGUCUUUGAGUAGGGAUGGGUGAAUAUUCGAACUAAUAUUAAAGUAUUCGAAUUCGCUUCGAUACGAAUUUAGAUUAUUCGAAAUUUCGAAGUAUUCGAAAUGAACGAAUAUAUGUAUAUAUUUGACCGCACAUAACCCCUGUAAAGGUGGUUUCACUGCAGCGUGUGGCUGCUGUGCCGUGAAACAACCCAUCCAGGGAAAAUCUGCACUGCCGCGAAGCCACACUUCGAGGUUAAACGUACAUAAUUUUUAAAGUUUAAAAAGCGUGUUAUAUGGGCUUACAUGCACUGUAUAGUAAUUUUUAAAUUGUAACUUAUUGCACCACUUAUAACUUGCACCCUAUUCAAAUCUUGAUACUAUUCAAGGCUGCUUCAUUUCAAGCCAAAAAAGUGACAUUCACUCAUACCUAGUUCCAAUCCUUAAAAAUAUUGUGCAAGGGUCAUGACAAAAAUGCUCAUUUUUCUUAAUAAUAUGCGGUACAUACUAUUCAAACUAUUCGAUACGAAAUUAUUCGACCAAAUCACUGUUUGCUUCGGAUUCGCUUCGAACCUCAAAUUCACUAUUCGCCCAUCCCUACCUUUGAGGCCUCUGUUGUCUUAACACAAAAAUAUUUCAUUCGGGGGUCCACCAAGAACUAAUAUCACUUCCGUCACCAAAGUGACAUCAAUAAAAGGGCGCGUAAGUAGGUCAGGUGUAAACUCAGAAGAACAAACUUUAGCCGCGUUAUUUGCCCAAGAAAUCAAACCUAUGACUUCGCGACUUUUAAUCUUAGACCACCACUGGAUGAUCAAAGGAAUCCGCGUGCCGCGUCGUGUGGGCAGAAUGCAUGUCUGAACCAGACGUAGCGGCUAUUAUGAUCAAAGAAUAACAAUAAUAAUUGCUGGGGUUUUACUUGCCAAAACCGUAAUGUGAUUACAAGACUUCUGGAAAUUUCAACCAUUUGGGGUUCUUUAAUGUGCACCUACAUCUAAGUACCCGGGCCUCUAGCAUUUUGCUUUCACCUAAAUGCGACAGCCACAGCCGGGAUUGCACUCGCGUCCCUUAGUUAGCAGCCAAGCACCGUGACCACUGUACCAUCGACAUGGCAUGAUCAAAGAAGAAAGGAGAGAAAGUGCUUGAGGCUGUGAGGCAUGGCGAUGGAAGUCUGCUUGUACUCAGUGGAUCAGAAAAAAAUUUUUUUCCUAGGUAACGAAACAUGAAGGGAUGUUUGCAGGGCCCCCUUUUAAAAAGUUACAAAAAACAUUGCACAAGAGUCUUGGUACAUUCUCUGAAUCCGUUUCAGCAGCAUUUGAUGUAAUUUAUCUGUGUAUUUUUUGUCAAAACACAAUUAUGUUACUACACGAAGGAUCCCAAAUCUUACCUCGUGGUCUGAACACCGUUACGUCUGGCAUAAUUAAAACAAACUGAUUGGCACACAAUAGCAUGUCACAGUGCAACAAACAUGGAACAUUUAACUAGUAAUCUGCAAACUAAUUGUUUAUCUUCACCAUUUAACUCAUUAUCUCUAACAUCGAAGUUAGUGUUAGUCAUGUGUUAAAUCAAAUUCUGGAUUGGUGUUAACCAUCGGGCACUGAAUUCCAAACGAUAGCGCAUAGAAAGUACAGUAAUCUCUGCUGAAAUGUAUCUUCAUGGACUAUUAAAAUAAGCAUCACUGUAAAAAUACAAAAACAUUACAUCAAAAGCUGACUUCAAGCUAAAGAUAUAGCCAUCUCGUAAAACAUGCUGGUCUUAAAGAGUUCGAGAGUGUGCGAAUUUCCAGGCAUUGUAUUACAAUGUAAACUAUGUCAGUGUUGAGUACUUGAGACAGAUUUUAUGUGCAAAGUAAGCUCAUGACUCUCUUCUUAUCUUUCAAGCCCGGCUGUGAACACUAUGUGUAAACAGUGUUAAAACAUUCUGGUCUCCACAUGCUUGUGUCGCUGUUUCGACCCGUGACAGUUGCUCUCACACGAUAGGUUGUGAUCCCAGGACCCAGGCAUAUCCCCUACGUGCUGAGUGUUUUGACUGUACAUAAAGUGUGGGGGCAGUUUGUUUUGUACAUAAUAUCUAGGAGGUCAAACUGUGUUUGUCACUGAUUUUUCAUUGUCACGUUUCGAUAUGUACAUUAUGCUGGAUCUCCCAGUCCGACACCGCACUUUGCUUUUCUAUGCGUGUUAACUCAUGAAAAAAAUGUGGGUUGUUGCGUACGCAAUUCUCAGGUCCACUGAGGGCGACUUUGUAUACUGUGUUGCAUUCUGCUUGGCAUUGCGUAGCACAAAGUGGGCAUGUAGCUACUUACUACUCAUUGCUAAUUAAAUUAAACUUCAUCGCUAACUAUAUUAAAUUAGGCGUUAAACUUUUCUAAAGUCUGACUGCUACAAAAUUCCAGACCGCACGCAAAGCCUCUGCGCGAAAUACGUUUUCAUUAGAGUUAAAGUGUCAAAAAGCAAAUAUGGGAAAAAUAGCAGUUUUUGUUAUUUAAACAUAGAAAGAAAAAUGCCAUUAAUACCACUUUACCAGUAGUGAUGGCCUUAGAGAUGAAGGGCAGUAGAACACCUCAGAGGCAUUGUGCCUAGACCUACGUUACACGAGGUGCCCGCGAUGUUCACCUAAAUGCUGUUUUGAAGACUGCUAACAGGAAAAAUGUACCAUUACCAGCCUUGCCGCCUUUUCGGGAUUGCUUUCACUAUUCAAUUGUAAUAAAUUUUGCCCAAGUGAAAUUCCGUUGCAGUUGGCCUUUAAGGAGAUUAAAAUGGCAUUUUAGGCACAUUAACAGCAGACUCAAAAGGAGCUUAAUUUUUGCACUUUUAAUCGAGUUUCCGUGCCUCAGUCUUCCGCAAGUCUGAGCGAAUCACGAGGUUGUCAGAUGAGGCUUGAUCUGAGGCUGGAGGCAGAACUGCAUCACGCUUUUGGGGAGUUAGGUUCAGAACUUUGAGAUUUGCAGAAAGUCUGCUGACAGCUAUCUACCAGUGGCUUCAUCGAGAAUAUCAUCCGUGUUGCUGCUUCAAAGAGCACAUCAUCGAUACUGCUAACUUCCAUAGUAACGGAUGGUACGCAACGUUAAACAUCCUUCAAGGUGAUCGCCUCAUAUUAACUGCUAUGCACUCAUUGUGUAAGUUGUGCUUUUUUUUUUGUACACAAUUAUUGCUCAUUUCAGCUGGACACUUGGAAGAGUUGGCAUUUUAAAACUUCAUUCCGCAGACAUAUUUUUUUACGAUAACUUGUUAACCUCUCGACUGACGUUUUUUUAACAGAUGAACACCUUUUUUCGGGCUCACUUCUUUGCCAACGCCUUUACGAAAAAAGUGCAUGACUGGCUUUUAUUUGUGGCCGUUGUCCACAAAGCUGUCUACUGUGUGUACAAACAUUUUUUUAAUGUCCUGCAACAAGUGAUAAAUUGCGACCGUUUGCAGUUUUUUCUUGUGGUCUUAUCGGGGUUAACUUCAUUGUACGGCAUGCGGGUCUGUGUGUUGUCUCAAGUAUUUGCACAGAGAAGUGCCUUUUAUUAAAAUGUGUCGCUCCAUUGCGCUUUUAUUUUGAAACAGUGUUCCUAGUUGUCGUCAGUACGCGAUGUGUUGUGCAAUGAGAGUUCCGUCUUACGUUAACUGCACUUCUUGUCGUACUUGUAAACGUUAUUUUUUUGUUUUGUCAAGGAAAUGUCGCUAACUGUAGAUGACAUAUGGUGGUUUUCAAAAAUGAUCCAGUCUUUCGCAGCUUCGCAAGCAUUUUUCACAUUUCCCCGAAAAAGAAAGAUCGAUUAAUAAGAAGUGCACGAUAGCUGCGCGACACUCGUAACAAGAUAAAAAUUCAAAGAACAAAAACAAAUCUGGUGGUGGUUAACUGUUCUUUAACACAAUGCAAACUAAAGUCUCGUAUAAAAAAAACGUCCUUCAAUCUCACUCACCAAUGGCAAGUGCCCUCAACUAGUCAUGCGUUACCCUUUAAUGGAAAGUCUUAGUUCCUUCAUAAACGUCUUGCCAUUUGCAGAUUGCCAGUUGGUGUACGGCAAUAGCAAAGCUCGUAGCGACACAUUGUGCCGUUAUGAGCAACUACAAUAUUACUCGAAGAGUCUUUCACGUUGCUUUAUUCUUCUGGUGGAGGAAUAAAACCAUAAAAGCACUGCAACUAAUGGGUAUUUCACUGGCGAUAGUUUACUCGAGCAGUAGCGUAGAAUAUGCAAGUCAAUGCAGGUUUCACUGUGCACAUUUCUGGUGAUAGUCGGCGUCAGCAGUUGUUGCUACUUGUGUCACUGCUGCUGUACGCUUCUCUGGCAAACCAAUAAACUGCAAGUGAUAAGUUUACGGGCAAACUAAGACUCUUUACUGUAACCAAUCUUAAAAAUUGGUAUUGUCAGUGAAAUGCCACAGUUAUGGACCAUUUUUGAAAAUGCCAUUGUACAUUUGUCGAGUGUAUGUAUUCAUAGAAGCAACGAUGUAGUGCUUUUUUUUUUCAAGGCAACCCCAAUUUUGUAAAAAGCUACGUUUAUGUUUAUUGAAGUAAAAGAAAAAAAAAGAGCUGAUCACGCUACCUUUAAAGGGUUCUCAUUCAAAUGACAUGCGCAGGGAUGCAGCUGAAAGUGAAGCAGGUAUCCUAGCGGCUGAAAAAAAAGUGCAAGAUCGUUACUAGCAAAGUAGCUAGUAACGAACAGUUACUAGCAUCAGCUGCUAGUUUCACUUAUGCUUUUGGGGACCAAGAUGUAGGAUUUGCAAAUGCAAGCUUCUGAAAAAGAGUGCUUAGUGGAACCUCUGUAUGAUAUACUAUGUCUGCGCGAGCAAAGCGAUGUAGCUCCGCAUAAGUGUAUGAUAAAAGCACAGCCGUUGAAAAACGUCUUUUUUUGUGUGUGCUGUAUUAUUUUAUCAUAUCUAAUGUAUGGUGCAUAUGCUUGCGCAUAUUCAGAGCUUCGUAUUUCACUAGAUCAAAUGGUUGAUUUGAAUAGUGUUGACACACCCAACUUCAUUUGCAGCACAAUGCGAGUGCUAAUUUCUUAAAGGUGUAGAUAUCCUUUGGCUCUCCUUUGUAGGCGAUCAAGUUGCAACUGCAUAAAAUGUGUGUUCAACUCAUUUUGAGUGCGGCAUCUCUCGGCACUGCUGUUUUCGUUUCUUACUGUGCAACGGCAGCACCGGGAUCCCAAAAAUGUAGCGCAAAUCUAAUUCUUAUGUACAUUGACACCUUACUGUAAUGAUGUUGUACCCGAUGAUAAAAUUUUCACAAUGAUAUUAUCUGUGAAAAGAAAUUUGCAGUCAAGUCUGUGCAAAAUAAGCACAGGCAUGCUUAUUUUGUACGACAGCACGUGAUGUUAUACGUGCGUACAGUACUAAUGGAUUGUAAAGUGAAAAUUUAGGGCUAAGUAAUGCACAUUUUCAUCUCUACCUUCUUCAGUUUGGGUCAUGCCGGCAUAAUUUCGACUCAAAUAGAAUGCCUAGACCAGAGCCAACAUUAUCCUUAAAGGCCAGAUUCGUAGCAACAUGUUGUGGUUACCUCGAGCAGUUCCUCAUACCAGUUGUUAACUGGAAGUUUUGAUGUCACGUUUCAAUCCACGAGUACUGUACAUCAUACAUAUGGCAACGUAUGAUAUUGCACACAAGAGAAUGUUUUCAUCUUUGUUUUUGCUAUAUGACCAUUUAUUGCCAUAUUGAAUGUUGCAUUAAAAAGUUCUGUGCAUUAGACACAUGACUGGAAAAGGGCAGGUCAUUGACAUUGCUUACUGUGACUGUCAAAUGCUGCCGGGAUAAACAAGAAAUGCACUGCUUGCCACUGUAAACGCACACACCACUGAUUCAAAUGAGCGGCAGCCAAAGGAACACUUCCAUUGCGCACACAGUAACAUGAACGAAUUAUGAUAGCAGUUUUUUAUCUAUCUGUUUAUUUUUUUUAAAUAUUAGUCUCAUUAGUUUUGCAUACCAAAGCAUGAUGCUGUAGCCAUCUGAAAAAGCUCUGAUCUUUCCCUUUACGACAAUAUCAAGCCAUUGCGUCAUCAAAAGGCUGCGUAAUCUGCUGUGCGAUGGGGCAUUCCAAGUGUCUAUUUUCAGUCCACGUUAUGUCUGCAGUGCAAUAGAAAGACACGCAACUUUAUCACGUGCAACUCGGACAACAAAAACCAGAGACUAGACAAACAGAAGUGCAAACCUUCGAGUGAAUAUUAUCUACGGAAUCGAUUAAUGAAGUCUUGUCCGUAGAUGAUGUCUACAGUUACGAAAUGCUACAAACUUGUCCAAACAAGUGCCCUACUUAGAAAAAUGCGAUUUUCUAUUUCUACUUAAACUUCUUUUUCUACAUUUUUCUGCACAAUAAAGAAACAGCUCGGUGUGUCUUGAAAUAUGAAAGAAUCAGAAACAUUGAUCAAAUUUACCAUUGCCAAGUCCCCACUGAAAGGGACGGGAUUUUGACUGACAACUGCUAUUGCACGGCAUGCCUACAGUAAACACUCUAGCAGUGGAACAAUGGCUUGAAAGUGUAUUUCGUGCAGCUGCCAUGUCACAUAUUGUUUUAAGCUCUGCUGCAUCCAUUCUGUUAUCUAUUCCGCUACUUUUCUGAAGUGAUAGAAAGCACAAGUCUCCGGCAUUAUCAUUAGGGCGAAUAAGAUAAGGGGAACAGACGCGCAGAAGGAAGAACAAUGCGUGUACGUCAUUUCAUAUUGUCAUUCCUAAUGGGAUUUGUCACAGUGGCACUUACAAGAAACCAGUUAUGCCAGUGAGCCUUACCAAAGCAGCAUAUUUCAGGCAUCAGUGAAUUCAUUAUCCAGGGCUUCAUACCGCCAUGCUACAAAACUAGCGCAGCUGUUUUGUCUGGCGGCAGACGUCAUGUGCAUGAUUUCGUUGUGUGCAUGAAAAAAUAAUGUCGAUCUCCGUCUUGUCAUUUACUCACUGGAAUCGAAAUUUCUUUCUUAAACAACGAAAGAGAUGUCAGGUCUUCUAGAUGCUUCUUCUCACCCACCAGCAGCAAUGUGACAAAAAAAUGAGGAAUAUCGUGAAGUGUUGACGGAAUGUCUUAAAAUAUCUGAAACAAACAUCACUGUUUUGUAGGCAUUUUGGAAAUAAAGUGUUUUGUUUU